AUGCUGCUAGCAGCCCCCAGUAGGAAAACGUACCACCUGCAGAUGGCGCCACAGCAGAGAAAGGGGAGCGCUAACGCAGCUGAACUGCUGAGCCGGAGGAGCACAGGUCUUGGAAAUACUGGGACUUUAAUCAGACAUAAUUUGAAGAUCCUGAGAGGUAUUCUCCUUCAGGAAAACCGGACUUUCACGAAAGUAUGGAGCAAGACCUCAAAAUCCACAGUAAUGUACGAAAAUUGCAAACUAUACUUUGAAAACUACCAGCACUGCUACAGCUGUGUUCAUGUUGAGCCUCAGAUUUUGUACAAACUGCCAACGAGGUCCAAACAGGAGAAAAUUGAAGAUACGUUGAUGUGUCACAGCCCAGUUGAAAAAUCCUUAUCUUCUCCAUCUGAUCAUAAACCAAGCCUCUUGGCUUUGACGGCCAAUAACUGGCUAAUUCGCCUUUCAGCUGAAACAGGAGAAGAACUGCAGAGAGUUUACCUCUCUCCAAACUAUAAGUUCAGAUAUCUUGGCUGGGAUGUUUCUCAAGAGACAUUUUAUGUUAAAUCUGUUCAAAACAAGGAAACACCUUUAGCCAGACAGGCAGGUAUCACUCAGAAUACAGUGAUGCACAUCGCUAUUUUUCACGUUUUCCCAUUGGAAGUUAUUGGUGUUAUGGAGAUCAAUAAAAAAGUGUUUGGAAAUGGUGUCAUAGGUGCUGAUCUGGUUCAAGGUGUCCUUGCACUGUAUUACAGCAAUAAGUCAGUGAAAAUGUACAGCUUCGAGCACAUUGUCCAAAGAUACCUGACAGAGAAGCUAACACUUGGAAAGCAGAGUCCUCUUCUUGGUGGCAAAACAGUCGGAGAUGCACCGUUUGGUAUCCCGUUAAAUAUUCAAAUCACAGAUUGCCCUCCUGUACUUUUCAAGGUCUCUUGUGCUGAAAACAGUGUUCAGAUUGGAGGAAACCCAUGGCACUACAUUUACACACCGCCUCGUAAAAAAGACGAGGGGACCUACCACAUCUGCUCACUCAAGGACGGCACUAUGGCAACAAACGGAGUACAAGAGAUGGACUCCUACUCUCUUGAGAACGACGGGAUCUUCUUUCAUCCUGAUGAUUCAGGAAGAAUUAUCCAUGUGGGACCUGUCACCAUAAAUGUCCUAAAAAUCCUCGGUGAACUGAACAGUGCUCUGCCAUCUAAGGUCGUUGAGGAUUUCUCCCUGAAAACCCACCGAAACAAUCCUAUCUCCCAAGUCACUGUGACCUCAUCAGGCCGCACAGUAAAAAAAAGAUUUCAACAGCUGGAUGAUGACCCAUCUCAAAAGACUUUCCGAAUGGUGGAAUAUGAGGAUGAGCUUGACCUUUUGGCAAUCGUGGUAACCAACGGCGAGGAGGGAGAAGGAAGAGCGUGCAUCCAACUCCAUGACAACCAGACCGGACAAUUACUGCGGACGAUCGAUUUGAUUGAAACCUGGGAUGAGACAAAUAAAAACGAGGUGUUCUUCGACAAAGACACGAUUGUUCAUAUUGAACAAAAGAACGCCAAGUUCUGCUGCCAUGUUUACAAACUGUUCACCACCAAAACAUAAGCGGUGCAAAACUGAAUCAAAGCUGCUGUAAAGCUUUUCAUGAUCACUUAAGAUUUUUUUUAAUAUGAUUUCCUUCUCCUAUAUUUUGUUUGUUUUUUUAAAUAUAUGGAUCUUUGCAUCCUAAGUUCAUAUGAUUACUCUUGAUUAUCACUAUUUCUUUCUGUUAUGAUUAUUCUAAGUCUGUACCAUUAAACUUGAUCUCACUUUUUUCCUUUAUUCUAAAAAUAAAAUAUUUUAUUUUUCCAAGUUGCUCUGUAUUUCAGCCUUCUCUUUUUCCGUCAUGCAUAUCCAAAUUGUAAGAUAUUGAUAUUUACUCUGAGCCAGGAUCUGAGAUAGUAAUGCGAUUGUUUGCUUGAUGUUAACAGUCAGAGCUGAUGAAAUUGCCUGACGCCAUCCUAAUGAUGUACGUUUCAGAAAAGUGAUUUGCCAGCUGCAGUGCACUCAUGCAGAUUAAAUGUGGUGACAGUGUCACACUUCACAAAUGAUUGUCGCAUGCAAAUUGCGGGUCUAUUUACAUGCAUGGGUUACAGAUAUGAGGUUUUGAUUUUCCAAAAAGUCUCCAAAUUAACGUGAAAGGAAAAUCUCAUAACAGGAACAGGAGUCUUAUGUAUACCAAGUUUCUAUAAUUUUUUAUAAAGAGUUUCUGUAUUCAAUAUAAGAUGUAAUACAAGAAAAUAGAAUGUCACAAUGGGAAGUUAGGGUGAUCACGUGUUUGUCUUGUCCCACAUAUUGAGAUAGUAUCACACAUUUUGAUUGACUUCAGUUUACAAAAAAGAUGUGAUGGUAUUAAAUAUCUUAAUUUUAGCUCUUAAAUAUGCUCAUAGGAAAUUAAAAGUAGCAGUACAAUAAAGUAUGUCUGUUCUUUACUGCAUAGAUCCCCAAAUUGAAACCAGUUAGUUUGUGUGUUCUAGCUAACCUUUAAGUUAGGUUUAUCAAAAGCAUAUAUUAUCUCACAGAAUUAGUCAAAUUUCCUUUGCAAAUCUUGACACUUCUCAAAAAUUAAAGGAGGACUUUAGGGAUAUCAAUCUGUCACAGUGUGAGUCCUUUUCCCCUGUCUUGGCACAAAGUCACAGCGGAUGUGGUGGAGAGGUAACAACAAGACAACCCCUCCCCAAAAGGAAAUGGUUUAGCAGGACUGUUCCUUUUCCUGUAUCCCUUCUGACAGAAACAUGCACGGGUAGGUCAUUUUGUGGGCAGUGACACUGGCAGUGUUUCCACUGUCAUUUACAUGAAGAAGCAGAUAUUGGUCCUGCUGCUGGGUUGAUGCCAUUCUUUGGCGCUGUCCAGCUCUCCUCAUGUAAUGGCACACUUGGUGUCUCCUCUAAAUUCUUGAAACUAUCCUUGGAGUAUGUUU